AUGUUUUGCACGACUCUCCUCCUGGCGACGCUCGGCGUUUUUGCGCACUUGGACACUUUUACGCACGGCUGCCAGCUCCCCUCCGAGUGGCGGCCGCUGAGCGAGGGCUGCCGAGCGGAGCUGGCGGAGAUCAUCGUGUACGCCCGGGUCCUGGGGAUCCACCGGGAGCCGCUGGGAGCUGGGGCGGGCAGCCUGUAUAACUCCCUGCCAUUCGGGUUCGGGUAUGGGUACGAGGGCGCGGAGGAAGGGCUGUUGUACUCGGCAGAAGUGGAGCUGCUGUGUGACCAAGCCUGGGGCAGCAUGUUGGAGGUGCCCUCUGGAUCCAGACUCAACCUGACCGGGCUGGGCUACCUGUCCUGUCAGUCCCACACCGUGAUGGAGAACUACUCCUACUUCUUUUUCCUCAGGAUGGAUGAGAACUACAACAUCCUUCCUCACGGCGUCAACUUCCAGGACGCCAUCUUCCCCGACACGACCGAGAACCGCCGCACGUUCUCCAGCCUCUUCCAGUUCUCCAACUGCACCCAAGGGAGCCAACCUUUCCACACGUUCAGCCCCGAGUGGGACACCCAGGAGGACAGCAGGCUGCUGUGCUCCUCGGUGCAGGCGGCGCUGUUCGAGGAGGAGGAGCAGGGCCGGAAGCUUCAAGAGCGUCUGGCUGCGGCCGAGAGGAGGAACCGGCAGCUGAAGGAGCGCGUUCGCAAGGUGAAGCGCUCGCUGAGGAACGCCCGCAAGGCCACGCGCAAGGCCGAGCAGGAGGCGCAGGAGCUGCAGGAGAAGCUGAAGGCCGCGGAGAGGAGGGCGGGGCAUCACCUCAACGCCAUAACGCAGGAGGAGCCUCAACGUGGGCGCUACACGAGCGCAGCGAUACGCCAGAGGAUGCAGCUUUAACUCACCUGCCGGAAGCGACAGCACCCACCUGGACUGAAAACUGGCUGAGGAGAGGGAGAGGCUGCUGGGCGGUCUCUAUGCAAAGGACAAACAAAUGUCACACACCAGUAAACACACUUUAAAAGUAAUAAUCUACAUAGUUUUCUUGUACAUAAACCACUAUCUGUUGCUUUUGUAUCCAUAAUGGCUGUAACACACUGAGGAGGGUGAUUCCUGGUCAACUGACAAAAAAAGCAAAAGUUUCCUGCGAGGAAAACAUUUAUUUUCUCCAUGAUUCCUCUUACAGGUGGUGCAGCGCUUUAGUCCUGCUGCCUUCAUGACUGGAUUCAGGACCUGUUCGGCUCUGCUCUGGCCGUGAUCACAUUGGAUGUGUGUCUCUGCUCUGACACGAAGCACAGCUGUGAGCAGCAGCUACAGCACAAACAGGGGCUUAAUGGAGUACAAAGUGCAAAUCAUUCGGGUUCUAAUUCAGCUGUUAAUCCUUUAAACCAAAAAAAACUAGCAAGAUAACAAGAACUAAGAGCUUAGUUAAAGGGGCAUUCAUCCUAUGUCUGCAUUUACCAGGUAGGAAAUGUCUUUAAAACAUGAUGCUAUAACCUUUUGUGGGAAGUGUAGGAUGCAGUAUUUAUUAGUCAGAACACCAUCUGGAUGUAUCAGCCUUCAUUAAAAAUAAUAAUAAUAAAAAAAAGGUGUCUCUGGCAGGAGGAACAACAUGUAGAAUUGCUGUAACACCCCAUUAAACAUACUUUUUUAUUGGCUUCGUGAUCUUAAUACAAAACCAAAAACAGCUAA